GUUUGUUCAGCUGAGACAACUGAUCCCUGGGGACAGACAAGAGUUGAAAGACGAACCCGAUUGAGCCCCCUGACCCCGAUCUAAGCCCGAACCCUGAGCCCGCGUCCUCCUCUCACCCACCCGCCUCAUGGACAUUGCCGUCACCAUGAUGGACCAGGAUGAAUCGCGGGACUCACCAGUGGGCCCAUCGUCCAUUUUGGACGAAGUGGAGGAAGGCGAAUUGCCCGAUGACUCGGAUCCCGAAGACCUGUGUUACACGCCUCUGACACGCCCCCAACGCGAGACCCAUCUUUCGCACGCCACCAACGGGGCCCCGGGUGAGACAGGUGAGGGUUCGAGCGGCGAUCCGGCACUGAUGAGCAUUAACAAUCUGGUCUUGGCCGGUCCUCGGCCCCGCUCGUCGACCAAUUCCUCGACCAUGGCGAACGCCGGCGAUAAUGACCACUUGCCCGGGGAAUCGCCCGCUCUUUCGCCGCAUUCACAGGCGAUCGAUUCGUCCGAGUCUGAUUUGUUCCCGUCCAGUUCGGAUGAAGACUCGUCUAAUGACGGCAAUGGGUCCGGUGCCUUUCGACGCGAUGCCCCUCGGCCCAAACGAAAACGCCGACGGCCUCAACGUCCUGAAGCAUCGCAAGAGGAGUCCAUGGAUCAAGGCGACCAUGGUGGGGCUGAUUUCCAAGUUAUGGUCACGCAAUUCCAAAAGGAUCGCAUGCAAAGGGGAUUGCCCACGCGGAGAGGUGGAAAAGCCAAUAACAUUUGGGGUUCUCUUUUGCAAGAAGAAUCGCUCAAUAGCGAACUUAAUAACAUAGCUAUGGGGAGAAAUCUCCGUGAUCUGCAAUCGGAUCGUGGCUCAGAGACCUAUGAUUACGUUAUGGCCCAGAAAAUUUCCAUGAUGCUACACGAACGAGAAGGUCGCCAAAAAGAACAAGCUCAAUUAGACGAGGAGCUUCAAGAUUACUGGGACAAUCCUCAGAAGUUCAAGACGUCCAACGAUUGCGCUCAUUCUCGCGACGAAGAUCACGAACUUCACCCAGGGGCCAACAACAUGGAUGCUGAUAAUAGAGAUUCUCGCCGGAAUGGAGCCAUUCGAGCCGGCAAAAAGCGCAGUGUAAAAGAGCGUCUCAGAGCUCAUCCCUCCCAUCAUCGACCUCGUGGCUCUUGUGAAACAGAAGUGGACGAGGACCUCUCCAUACCACAGCCAGGAGUGCCUCGAACCAUCGCCGAUCUCUCUGAUGAUGUACUGGAGAGCGAGAAUGUGGCUCAAUUGGGCCAAGAAAUCUCUCACAAGUUGUCAGAGCCCAAAACCGAACUCAUGAUCGGCGUAGUUGAUAUUGUGGGCAAAGAGAUAGCCUUGGACUUGUUCAGAGAAACACAACAAAUCGAAGCCCAAGGAGGGCUGAUGAUAAAGAAUGGAGCCCGCCGGAGAACACCGGGUGGGUUGUUCCUUCACUUGUUGAGAGUCAGGUCAGCCAAAGACUCCAGAAUCGACGAGUCAAAGGUCAAAUGUUUCUUCGCCCAGAGCAAUCAACGGAUUGGCCAUCCUAAGGGCAAUUCCAGAAGACGAAAACCAGGUGACGAUGAUGUGAGUUUUGAGCUCGAGUUGGCCUCAUUCAAGAAACUCAGUGAGCAGAAGAAAACCAAACAUAAAAUGGACACGGACUCGCCUUCCGACCAGAGAAACAACGGACACGCCGAUAGUGACCUGAAACCUCUUCCCGAUAUCCUGUCAUGUAUAUCCAAGAAAUUCGAUGAGGCACGUGGUCGUAUCCAAGGGGAUGACUUACAAUCCGAUUUAUUACCUGGUGGAUCCAAAGGUUUGGCACCUUUUGAGGAACCCGAAGCUCCACCCAAUAGCGUGGAAAGGGUCCUCAACACAUACGAGGAUGAAUCAGACGACUUCUUAUACACCGACACCAAGAACAUUGAGUUGUUUUGAAUUAUCUACUCGAGGAUUUGAAUCACAACGGCAUUGUUUGAUUGUCAGGUGGCAAAUUUUGCUUUUUGUUAUAAUUAUAAUUCUUAAGACAUA